CAAAAAAAAGCAAGCAAAUACUAUAAGCGUUUGAAAUAUGAUCAAGAUAGAAGUAGUAUAAUUUAGACUUUCUAAGCAAAGACAACAAAAAGUUUAAAAAUAAAAUAAAACAAUUUUAAAAUUAACUAUUAAAAUACUCAUACUUAUAAUAAACCAAAAGAAAGAAACAUUUAAAAAAACAAAUCAAAUUUAUGCAAAAUGACACCCACAUGAUUAACAAAAUACAGAAAUUAUUAAAACCCUAAUUUAAGGGUUAAAAAGAAACAUAAACACCAUCGAACAACAACAAAUAACAAGAACAUUUUCGUGAAAAUUUCAAGUCAUUGAAUUGUAUUCGUUUUUUUCAUACAUUUUGCCUUCGUAAAUAAACUCGUUUCGUUUAAUUCAUUUGUACGACAACAAAAACAUACUAACGAAACGAAACGGAUAUCGUUUUUGCGAGUGUAAGUGUUUUUGUAAACUCACGAAGAUAUCAACAAGUGUAGUUGUUGUAAACAAUUGUUAUUGUUUAUAAGUGAGUGCACAAGUAAAACAGAGAAAACAACUACAACAACCAACUAAAACAAGAAAAGACUUGUUUGUUAUUGUUUUCAUUAGCAUUUACCUGUUAUAAAACUUGUGUUUGUGUUAGUGUAAUAGUCAUUAUUGUAAUAUUACGGUAAAUCUGCUCUCAUAUAUAAAAAAACUUGACCGCGAACAGUUGUGCCACAUUAACAAAGUAACUGUUAAAACUGUCAGUUAUAUAUAUUUCGUAAAACAAGUGCGAACGAAUUAAUACCAAAGUAAGAAUAUUAUCAAAAUAACGGAUAAAAAGAAUUUGAAAAAAAUUUUAAGGAAAACUUAUAAAAUAAAAUAAAAAAUUUAGUGCAAAAUUAAAUUAAUUUAACAAGAGUGUUAUUUAAAUAAAUCAACUGUUAAAAACAUUUAUAUUAUUUUAGACUGCACAAAUAACAAAUCAACAAAACAAAAAGAAGACAAAAUGUUGUGUCAUAAAAUGUCAUUAACAAUGAAACGUAAAACUACUAGAUGUCAUCGUCGUCGUCGUCAAUUUACCAACAUUCUAAUGCUGUCAAUUAUAUGGACAAUGUUGUUUACAGAAACGAUGGCGCGACCAAAUUUAGAAUCACUAUUGUCCAAUAAACCCACAAACGAUGUGCAGCACCAACAACAACAACAGCAGGAUUUAUUUCUAGAUGAAAUAAUGACAAAUACAAAUGGAGAGAAAUUAUUUAAUAAAUUGAAUAAAUAUCAUCAUAAUCAACCCAACUAUUUGAACAAAUGGCCGGGUCUACGUGAUCUGGUUUUAGCAAUGGACUAUGAUGACACCAAUGGCUUGGAGGAGAGUAAUGAGUUUUUCAAUACAAAAUUCUUUGAACGUCUUCGUCAAUUGGCUUCCACCAAAUCGGAAGCUUAUGAUGAGGAUAUAGUACGCGAUGAGAAUGCAGAGACAAAUUUAAUGCCUUUCAAAAGUUUGAAAUCAUCUGCCUCAGUGGCAGCUAAUCAAUUGACGUUUAAAGAUCACAACAUCAAAAAGAAUGUACAAUACAUGUCUCCCUGUCAUUUUAAAAUCUGCAACAUGGGGCGUAAACGAAAUGCUCGUCUCUUUUCAAACUACUGAAUUCACCACGUCCAUCUAAACAAAGUCCUACAGGAAAAAAACAUUUGUUUUCUUCACCCCAAUUUAAAAAAUAAAUUGUACAACAAAGUAUUGUUUUUAGUUUUUAAAGGAUACAUUUUUCCUAAAUGUUUUAAACAUUUAAUAAUUGUAUCCCUAUUUAUUUAUCUAAGUCUAUGUGUAAUAUUUAUUAAUGAAAACCACAAAAGUAUUUAUUUGAACAAAAAUAAUUAUUAUUAC